CAAGUGCGGGUGCGGAGCGGAAGCGCGGGCGGGCGCGGUUGCCGUGGCAGCGGUCCCGGAGCCGCCAUGGAGGCCGCGGCCGCGCUCACCGAUAUGUACGACCAGGCGCUGCUGGGCAUCCUGCAGCACGUCGGGAACGUGGAGGAGUUCCUGCGCGUCCUCUUCGGCUUCCUCUACCGCAAGACCGACUUCUACCGCCUGCUGCUGCGGCCCGGGGACCGCCUGGGCUUCCCGCCCGGCGCCGCGCAGGCCAUGGCCCUCCAGGCUUUCAAAGUCUUUGAGCGGAUGGCCCGGCAGGAUGAUGAGAAGAGGCGCCGAGAGCUGGAGGCAAAGCUGAGGAAGGAGGAGGAGGAAGCUGCUGAGAGGGUGAAGCCGCCUGCUGCAGCUCAGGAGGUGGAGGUUGAGACAACAACAGAGCACAUCCCAGUGGCGGAUGCUGCGGGGACACAGGAGUCGGCUGGAGCCCAGAACGCAGCCCCCAGCCUGGUGUCUGCAGAGUCCCUGGGGGCUGCUGCCCAGGCAGAGCUGCCCACGAAACAGGAACAGUUCCAGACAAACCCCGACAGCUACAACGGAGCUGUGCGAGAGAACUACUCCUGGUCCCAAGACUACAGUGACCUGGAGAUUAAAGUGCCCGUGCCCAAGCACAUUGUGAAAGGCAGACAGGUGUCUGUGGAUAUUAGCAGCAGCACGAUUCGGGUGGCAGUGCUGGAGGGGAGCAGCCCGCACGUCCUCAUGGAAGGGAAACUCACCCACAAGAUCAACACGGAGAGCUCCCUCUGGAGCCUGGAGCCAGGGAAGUGUGUUUUGAUCAACCUGAACAAGGGGGAUGAGUACUGGUGGAACGCCAUCCUGGAGGGCGAGGAGCAGAUCGACAUCGACAAGAUCAACAAGGAGCGCUCCAUGGCCACAGUGGACGAGGAGGAGCACGCCGUGCUGGACCGCCUCACCUUCGACUACCACCAGAAGCUGCAGGGCAAACCCCAGAGCCAUGAGCUGAAGGUGCAUGAGAUGCUGAAGAAGGGUUGGGACACGGAGGGCUCCCCUUUCCGCGGCCAGAAGUUCGACCCCUCCAUGUUCAACAUCUCCCCCGGCGCUGUGCAGUUCUGACAGCGGCACCAAAGGAAGCGGGGAGAGGAGGAGCCCCCCCCGGGGAGCCCCCAUCA